GUGGUGGUGGUGCUGUGGAGCGAGGGGGGGGCGCGGUGAGGACCAGCCCUCUCCGGGGUCCCCUUUUGUGAAACGGUCCAACAUAAGAGCCCUCAGAUCCCGAGCAGCUCAAACACGCGCAGUCAUGUCCCGCUCCUUCUACGUGGACUCUCUGAUCGUGAAGGACCCCGCGCGGCCCGCGCCCCCGCACGAGCCCGCGGCCCCCGAGCUGCUCGUGCCCCUGGGCGUCCAUUCCCCUGGCGUGGUGACAGUCGCGGCUCCCGCGUGCCCCUCGAGGAAGAGCGGCACGUUCUGCGUGUGCCCGCUCUGCGUCACGUCGCACAUCCACGGCGCCCACGUCCACGGCGCUCACGUGCACGGUCCCAGAGGGGGCGUCCCGCUGCUGAAGAGCGCGUUCCCAGGCGGGGAGACGCAGUACUGCCCGAGGAUGGCGCACCAGCAGAGCGCCACCGUGGCGCAUCACGGACACACACCUGUGGGCACGGUGGGCACGCCCACGUACAGCGUCACGGACCCCCGCAGGUACCACUGCCUCUCCAUAGGCGCGCCCGACCCCGCCCACGUUCCCAGCGGCAAGCGCAUGCGCACGGCGUUCACGAGCACGCAGCUGCUGGAGCUCGAGCGCGAGUUCUCCUCCAACAUGUACCUGUCCCGCCUGCGCAGGAUAGAGAUCGCCACCUACCUGAACCUGUCCGAGAAGCAGGUCAAGAUCUGGUUCCAGAACCGGCGCGUGAAGCACAAGAAGGAGGGCAAGGGCACGCAGAGGAGCGCGCAUGGCGCGUGCACGUGCACCGGUGCCCACUCGCACUACGCGCGUUCCGAGGACGAGGAGGAGUCGCUGUCACCCGCGUCGGGCACCGAGGAGAAGGAGAUCUCGCCCGUGUGAGUGCGCGCGUCGCGCGUGCACUGCGCUGGCACACACCACAUGACAUGAUGUGUAACACAGACAGACAAGACACGCAGCAGCAGAAGUUACAGUGCUGAAGUGACGUCGAGUAAAACAGUGUAACUGCGCUGGAACACGGUGUAACCGUACGGUACUGUAAGUGUAAGCUGAUGAAACAGCGCUCAGUCACUGUAACUGCUGUAAAACCGUGUAAGUGACGUGAUUGCAUAGUAACAGUACUGGUAAACGGUGUAACUGCGAGGAAACAGUGUAUCUUAUCUAUCAGUACUGUAAGACAUGUUGUAACAACAGUGCUGUACUGUAAAACAGUGUAUCUGCGCUCAAACAGUUACAGUGUGUACCGCAAAGCAGUGUAACUGCGAUGAUGAGACAGUGUAACGCUCACGGUAACUUACAGUAGCACUGCAGUAAAACUGUCACUGCGCUCUUUUGCCUCCUGCUGCUGUAACAAGUCAAGUGUGUCAGACGCUCUAAUAAUAAAAUAUAAUAUCGUGUCGUGUGUCGAAUAUGAUCGGAGUUUAAGUUGUGUCACUAGUACUAGUGCCCAGUUAUCCGUUAUACAGCGAGUGAAACGUCCUGCUGUAACACUGAACUCUUCAGGUCCGUCCGUCCCUUUCAGCCUCAUAUCGGGGCUCUCGAGCUCGCAGCGUUGUGGCGCGUGCGCGCGUGCCGUGUACAGUCAGUGCGUGCGUGUGUGUGUGUGUGUGUG